AUGUCGGUCACAUCCUUCCCGAAAGUCCCUAGAGGUAUACGCCUGAUGAAGACCUCUAUACGGCUUCUUCAGCUCAGUCAAUUUUCAUCUUCGAUCUUGCGUUCCGCCAAAGCUUCCCCUCAAUUAUUGGCCUUAUCUUCCCUAGUCAAAGAAUCGGACCACGCAGCAGCAAGAGAGUGGGUGGACAGCUUCAAGCUGGAUGAUGUACCGAAAGAUGGGUAUGUGGUCAGUAGAAGUAGAUCCAACGGACCUGGAGGACAGCACGUCAACAAGACAGAAUCAAAGGUCGCUCUACGUUGCGAUCUCAGCAAAGCCAAAGGUGAAUGGCUGCCUGGUUUUGUAUUUCAGCCUAUGAUGAAGUCUCCCCACUACCUACCCAGCCCUCCUGCCUUACUCAUAUCCGCCCAAACAUCCCGUACGGCCUCUCAGAACCUCACGACUGCCCUUGACAUCUUACAUAAAACCAUAGUCCACGCGGCAGAAAGCGUCAUCGUGAAUCCUACAUCCCACGAACAAAAAGCAAAAGUCAAGAGAUAUAUCAAGAAGGAGAAUGAGAAGAGGAUAGAGAUGAAGAAGAGGAACUCGGCGAAGAAGGCUUCGCGGAGGGAUGUCGAUUAG